AUGAAUUCAUCCGCAUCGUACCAGGGAGGGUACAUCGACCCCAACUUUCCAAAUCCAAUGGGUCCUAAUGAUGCAACGAUUAUAAUUUAUGGCUACACUCCUUCUCUCGCAGUGGGAGUCCUCGGAGUCGUCCUCUUCACAAUCGCCUCAAUCGCCUCAAUCGCCCACCUCUACCUCCUCAUCCGUCACCGCACUUGGUACUUCACGCCCAUGCUCGUCGGAACUCUCAUGGAAAUCGUGGGCUACAUCUUCCGGAUCCUAUCCAGCCAGCAAGAUCCUUACUCGGUCCCUUGGUUCGUGGUGCAAUACUUCUUCAUCGUCAUCGCUCCGGUGUUCUUCAGCGCGGCAAUAUACACCCUCGUCUCAGCUAUGAUCAACAUCUAUGGAAAGGAGUAUGCACCGAUGCCGCCGAACGUCGUUCUCGGAGUUUUCAUCACUUGCGAUGUGGUAGCGACGAUUGUGCAGAUUGCGGGUGCGGCGUUGGUCGGGGUGGCAUAUUCGAAUCAGAAGAACCCGACGACGUACAAUCACAUCCUGCUGGCUGGUCUUGCUUUCCAGGUCUUCUCCUUCGCGGUCUUCUUGGUCGUUCUGGCAUGGACUUUGGCCAAAGCCCGAAAGAGCCCUACGAGCAUUGAGAGAGGCUUCAUUGCGGCUCUUGUGGUGGCAACGCUGGCCGUGUAUCUGCGGACCUGCUUCCGUCUCGCAGAAACGGCGGAAGGGCUCAUGCAGAACUUAUCCACGCACGAAGCCUUCUUUGGCUGUCUGGAGUUCGCACCUAUCGUUGUGGCUGUCUUUCUCUUCACGUACUGGCAUCCAGGCCGGUGGCUCAAGUCCGGAGUACUCGCCAGCGGCUGA